CAUGGUUUUUGCUGUGAGCAGGAUCUCGCUGCUUCCUGUCGGAGACUUGGAGCUUCUUCCUUUUCGCAUUCUGUCUGGGGUCAUCAGCACAGCGGGCGUGCCGUCUCGGAGCAGACAGCUGCCAGGAUAAUCAAUUAUAGAGCAUUGUGAACUCUAUGGCUUCUACCUGGGAAAAGAUUAGAGACUUUUAUGACUGGGCAGUGGAAAAUGGAGACAAGAGGACUGACCCCUGGUUCCUGGUUUACUCACCCAUUCCCAUUAUUGUGACCUUCAUAGUCUACCUUUUAAUCUGCACGUGUGGACCAAAGUACAUGCGAAGUCGGGAACCAUUCAAUCUGAAAUAUGUACUACUUGUUUACAAUUUCUCCCUCGUUGCUAUCUCAGCUUACAUUUUUUGGGAGUUCCUGGUGACUUCAAUUCGUGCAAACUACAGCUACCUUUGUGAACCUGUGGAUUACAGCAACAGUGAGCUUGGAUUGAGGAUGGCAAAUGUCUGCUGGUGGUUUUUCUUCUCUAAAGUCAUUGAACUGAUGGACACGAUAUUUUUCAUUCUGAGGAAAAAGUACAAUCAGGUCACAUUUCUUCAUGUUUAUCACCAUGGUACAAUGAUUUUCAACUGGUGGGCUGGAGUGAAGUAUGUACCAGGGGGCCAGUCCUUCUUCAUCGGCUUGUUGAAUUCCUUUGUUCAUAUUGUGAUGUACCUGUACUAUGGAAUUGCUGCAGUGGGACCACACAUGCAGAAGUAUUUGUGGUGGAAGCGUUAUCUCACCAUGCUUCAGCUGCUUCAGUUUUUUGGCAUCGCUGUGCACACCUCCUAUAAUCUUUUCACGGACUGUGAUUUCCCAGAUGGAUUUAACCUUUUCGUAUUCAUCUACAUCAUCACCAUCAUUAUCCUGUUCAGCAACUUCUACUAUAAAACGUACAUACAGAAAAAGACCAAAACGGCAUAAGUUUUGAAAAGACUGUCUUUAAUUUCUUCACCGACUUGGGAGUAUUUGUAUCAAAGUGCUCACAACAAACAUACUUUUUGUUAUACAUCACAAGAAAGGUUUUUAUAUCUUACAGUGCAUUCUUUUUCAUGCAGAAUAUCUGUUGUGUUAAAUAUUGCUGUAGCCCUCAAGUGUCAGUUAUUUGUGUCUGUUCAUCAAAGUUCCCUCUUAUAGCUCAUAAUAAUCACCUUGUGAUAGGCCACUGUUUAAUUAUUUAAAAUCAAGACUGAGUGCUUUGGCCAAGUUUAUUUGUUCUGUAAUAUACAGAAGCUUCCAGUUCCAUGGGAUCCAUCUGGCCAUGUUCUGUUGUGGAUUUCAGCUUUUGCUACUGAUGUUCCUCAAUGUAAAAGCUUGGGCAUGAAAAUUUGCUUUGCUCUCCUUGUACAGAUGGCUGCACUGAUGAGGAAUGGUGGCAGUAGUGGUACCUCAUUUACUUCUACAGUGCCGCAAUUGAUGCUGGAACAGUUGAGAGGCAGCUCUGUAAGAUAAAUGAGUUGUUUCAUUUGACUGCUUCAGAACAAUUUGGACUUUGCUACUGUUGCCAGGGGAUAUGUGCAGAAUUGUUUCCUUAAUUCAUGAUUGUGAUUCCUGUAACAUUUUUUGAACCAUAGUACAAAGGUGCUCCUGCAUCAUUCAUUCUUCCAGCUAAAUUUCAGUCAUGCCCAUUUACCAUCCAUCCAUCUGUGACCACAUAUCACUCGUAAAAUCUUCACUGUGCCUUUUCAAGUGCAUCUGUUACAAUAUUUAAUUAGGUUCAGGUUUCAGUGAAUUGUUCCCUUUCACAACUCGUAUUUUGUUCAUGUUCAGUUGGCUUGUGUGCAGAAGCGUCUCUUCCUUCUUAGUAUAUCUUGGUGAAGCAAAAUACAGCACAAACAAGUUAAUGCUGCUGCCAUAAAUAUUUUUCUUUAGGUUUGGGUUCAAGGAUACUCAGAAGCCAUAGUGAUAAACUCUAUAACUGAAGACCUGUUUUUGUUUUGAGAUGCUUUUUGUAUGUGCCUGUUCAGUGUAUUGGAAUUUCACCAAAAAGCCUGCCACCAUUAGAAGAGCCUUCCUUUUUCAGUUUCAUAGAACACAUUAAAGGAAAAACCGGUUUUUGUAAAAGGAAAAAUGUAGUAUCUUAAGGAAACAAGAUAUAGAUGUUGUUCACUUGUACCUAUGCAUACAGGAUAAUCUUUAGAGUCAGUACUCGAGUGCCAACAUUUGUUUAGUAGACCUCUCGUGUAGUGAUUUCUAAUGUAUGAGUAUGAGCUUUGAGCUCUCUUCUGUUUGGCUAAAGCACAAAUGACCUAUUUGCACUGUUUGCUGUUAUUAAUCAUUUAAGUAUAUAUUUUAUUGCAUAAAUUUUUGCGAUCUUGAAUUUCUCCCAUUUGUGAAGGAAUGACACUAGCAGAGAGUGAUCAUAAUUUCAACCUCAAUUUUACAGUUAUUUCUUGGAUCUAAACAGGCUGAAUGCUGAGGGAUGUACAGGCACCAUGUAAGUGUCGAGCUGCUGAGCAGCAUGUACAUUGUUCUUCUUGAGUUGUGUUAACCUUGUCCUGUGUCUCACUUGUAGUUUACUUGAUUGGAAAAUGGCACUUGUUCAAAAAGCACUGCAUUAUAUUUGAUCCCUCAGUACUUUGAGCUUAUUAGCAGAAAGCUUAAUUGUUCUCUUGUACAUGCGUGAAAACUGUUGUGUAUUUUUACACUAAAUUAUGUGAACAUUCUUUAACUCCAUAAAAUAGCUGAUUUGAAAAGGAAAACCCUGAAAUCUUAGUGAAACGUCAUUCUAAUAGAAUCCCUGUUUUCCUACUAAACAUACAAAUAUAGAACUUUUAUUAAUAAUUAAGAGUCUCUGCUGUGCUGGUUGUUUUCAGCUUUGGUGUUAAUAGUACUUACGGUUUGUCUCACUGACCGUGGGUCAAUGACCAGGAAGUCUGGGACAGCAGAAAAACAAAAGAAAUCGUACACUGUAGUGAAGAUUAGUAGGAAGUCAGAGGAUUGGGAAGCCUUUUAAAAACCAGCAGAUGACAAAUUAAAAAGCAAUAAUGUUGGGAGAAGAUGAAGUAUGAGGGUAAGUUGGCUGUGCAUAUAAACGUAGAUUGCAAGUGUUUUGGGUAUAUUAAAGGUAAGUGAAAGAAGGAAGUGGACAUUGGACUGCCAGAAAAUGAGGCUGGAGGAGUAGUAAUGGAUAACAAAGAAAUGGCCGAGGAACUGAAUAUGCACUUUACAUCAGUUUUCACGGUGAAAAAAUUAGCAAAUCAGAACUUCAAGAGUUGGGGGCAGAGCUGAGUGAAGUGGUCAUCAAUAAGGAGAAGGCGCUAGGGAGGCUGAAAGGUCUGAAGUUGGAUAAAAUGCCCUGUCUGGAUGAAUCACACCACAGGGUUCUGAAGGAGAUAGCAGAGGAGUUUGUGAAAGCAUUGAUGGUGAUCUUCUGGGAAUGGCUGGAAUCAAGAAGCGUCCCGAAGGAUUGGAAAAUGGUUACCGUAAUAUACCUGUUUUAGAAGGGAGGGAGGGAAGCAGGCAGAAGAUGGGAAAUUAUAGGCCAAUUAGCAUGACCUUGGUCGUUACUAAGAUUCACAUGAAACGCUUGUCAUAUGAGGAGUGGUUGAGGACUUUGGGUCUGUGUUCGAUGGAGUUUAGAGGAAUGAGACUAUCUGAUUGAAACUUAAUGAAGGCCUGGAUAAAAUGGAUGUGGAGAAGAUGUCUCCACUGGUAGGCGAAUCAACGACCUGAGGACACAGCCUCAGAGUGAAGGGAUGGCCCUUUAGAACUGAGAUGAGGAGGAACUUGUUCAGUUACAGGAUGGUGAAUCUGUGGAACUCAUUACUGCAGAAGGCUGCGAGGGCCAAGUCAGAGUCUGUUUAAGACAUGGAUAGUUAGUUCCUUGAUUAGUAAAGGGAUCAAAAAUUAUGGGGAAAAGGCAAGUGAACAGUGUUGAGAAACAUAUCAGCCAUGAUCGAAUAGCAGAGCAGUCUUGAUGGGCUGAAUGGCCUAAUUCUGCUCCUAUAGCUCGUGAUCAUAUGGGUUAGGCAUGUCAUCCAAGCAUGAAAUCAAAACUUAAACAAAAACAGAAAUUGCUGGAAAGCUCAGCUGGUCUGGCAGCAUCAAUGGAGAGAAAUCAGAGUUAAUGUUUCGAG